AUGGAUUUAGAUAGUAAAGCCUAUUCCAAGUUAAUUCAUGCACACAAUAGUAUUGGAGGCUCUGAAGAAUAUAUAAGAAUUAUUGUUGCAAUAUUGCCUUUAGCAGAAAGACAUGAUCAUGAAACACCAGAAAUGUGGUGCUCUCGUAUUCGUGAUUCAUUUAGGAAAAUACUAGAAGAGAACCCAAGAAUCCUUUCUAAGAAUAGAUAUAUUACAAUGUAUGAAAAGCUAUAUGUAGAUGAUAGGAUUCAUAAUCGUCCAACCAAUUAUAUAUAUUGCAGUGGAAUUUCAGAUCUGGCAAUAUAA